AUGCCUCCGGCAGCGCCAUAUACCUGCAGCCUGGACCCGCCUAUACUGCCGAAGCCUCUAAGCGAGAUAUAUCUCUUGCCGUCGUUUCAACUACCGACUUCGCUCGAGGACGUACGAGAAUGUUUCCGGUUGCUGGGUGACAUUGAAGCACAUGCACUUCGGAACCCCGCACUCCUGCGUACAAGCGACAUUGCGGCAUGUCGGGCUUGGGCUGCUCUGGUUGCAAGGAACAUAGAGGUACCCGUGGCUGUUGACCUGAUGCCAGUGGGUUACGAGCAUCGGGAACACCGUCAUCAACAUAAGAAGUCGGCGUCCAAGACCUCCAAUCCUGCACCCGCUACUGCUGUCUUGACAAAGAGGCCCUCGCGCUCACCGUCUGAGCCAGCACCGCCGAGGCAAUCGACGUCCACACGGCACACUUCUCCGCCCCCACCUAUCCCCGCACUCAUUGUUCCAACCGCUCACGAUAUUCCUUUCGAGAAACCCCGCCCGCACAGCGACGAAGUGCGAAACCCACGAGACAACGCUCGCGCACGUAUUCACGCCGUCGUUGAAGAGGAGGUUCAGCCGCUUCGGGACAAAUUGGCUCUGCUACAGGCACACGUUCAAACAAUCAAACAUAAGCGCUCUGCGCGCAGCGUCAAGACAGCGCGGCAGGCACCGAUGUCAGCGGACGAGGCAAUGUCAUUGCCUAUACCGUCGUCGUCGCGGAAGGACAAGGAGCGCGAGCGCCUCUCUAUAUCGCAGGAUUUUCAGAUGGCCGACCCGAGGGGCAGAGCACGCUAA